AUGGACUGCAGAAGUAGACGUGCUGCAAUGGUCACCGUUCGACAUCGCUGGGCAACCGCCUCCGGGUUGACGUCACGUGGUGCAGGCAAGGAGAACAUCGUCCAGUCGAAUGUGUCCGCCAAGCGCGAGGCCUUACCCGGAGGAGCUUUCGAGACGGGCUCAACUGCGCUGAGGCCUCAGACCGCUGAGGACUUCGAGGCCGCACUAAGCCGAGCAGAAAGCGGAGGAGCAGACUUGCUGCAGAUCUGGACUGACUACGUUCUGUGGGCACAGCGCUGGCCGUCCGCAGAGAAGGUGGUGCUCCUGCGCCGCGCCGUGCGCAGUCUCUCCGUGGAGAAGCUCUACAACCAGGACAUACGCCUCCUGCGCUUGUGGGUCAUGUUGGCUGACAAAGAGUCUUCUCCGACGAACAUCUUCAGGCAGCUCGAGGAUCGAGGCAUUGGCACGCACCACGCUCUUCUUUACGAAGCCUGGGCACACUGCCUAGAGACGCGCCGCGACUUCGAAGCAGCUGCGGAAGUGUAUCGUCGCGGACUACGCUCUUCGGCCGAACCGCAGGCGCGCUUGCGGGCCCGGCGGGCAGAUUUUGAUGAGCGCAUGCGCCAGCGCGUCACACGUGUGGCAGCUCGAAGAUCAGAACCGGGACGGCUGGCACCGCAAAGCCCAAGGCGCUCGACGCACUUCCGACUCCGCACCUCGCUGCUGAAUCUGAAGCCUUCCAGGCCUCACACGUCAGAGUUGCGAGCGCGGUUGUCACCGCAAAAGCGACAGGACAGGCGCAGAUCCAUCAUGGAGCGACGGCGGAGGUCAGUACUUCUCCGACCCAAACCACGCCUUCCGAAGGAGCCAGCUCGCGUGGAUGCUGCAACUUUUCGCAGAACCCGUGCCACGCCUCCCGUGAACGAGGUCGACAGAUUUGCGAGUUGCGGUUCAGUCCACCAGACCUUCCUGCCGCCAGGCCUCCUUCGUUUCAACCUCCAAGCCUGCAUCUAUUGCUGCGCUCGUCACUUAGCCGCAGCUCCGAAGUUCCUCGGGUGGCUCAGGCUGCAGCUGACUUGGAGGAUCAUGCCGAAGAAUUCUGACCUGAUGAAGUACAACUCGCUUCUAGGAGUCAAGGGCUUCAACAUUCGCAACACCUUCAUUGAGUUUGAGGAUGAGGACAUGCUCGGUGAGUUGGACGUCGACCCCAGGGGCACCUUUGGGCGCCAGGCCUCCGAGCCCGCGAAGCCUAGCAGUUGGAAUCGCCAAGUCUCGGAGCAGACGACAGCGGUCACUGCCGAAGGGACUGAGGAGGGCACCAUCGAUGUGGAAGACUCCCUGCACUUCCCCGCGACCGACUUUCAAGGCCAUGUCUCCGGCGAGAUCUUGGCAAACGCUGCCAAGAUGGGGACGAGCGAUGCUGCACUCCUGGAUGCUUUGAAGGCCGUCAACCAGGCUGUGAGUAUGAACCACAUGCCGAGUCCAAUGAUGCCGACGGUGCCGCAGGCAAACUCACCGCCCAAGCCGCAGUUGCGCUUUUGUCCGAACUGCGGAGCCAAGGUCAUCAGCCAAGCCCAUCGCUUCUGCGCUUACUGCUGCUUCCCUUUCAGUCACCUCCAGGAUGAAACCGUGCCCGCCAAAGCUCCGGAGACUGCAAGCCCGAUGCCGCUCGUUACAACGCCAAUGCAGAUGAUGCAGGGAGGUGGCGGUGGCCUGGACCCAAUGCAGCAGUCCCUUCUGAUGAAUAUGCAGCAAGCUGCGCAGGCCGGCAUGCCACAGGCCGCGAUGGGAAAUUUCAGGGCCGGUACAAGAAUGCCACCUUCCAAGGACGACAGCCUGCUCGGAAGUCUUCGCUAUUUUCGCUACGUCGAAGCAGACCAGAUUGACGUCGAGCUAGCAAAGGUCCUUUGCCUGACUCACAUCCGGGCAUCUCGGCGGAAAGUUUGCGCACAUGUCAAUGUGAAAGGAAUGAGCACCUGCAAGGCCAUGGGUUGCGUCUUUUUUGAAGAGGGCGCCUCCCUGGCUGAGACCAGAAUCGUCGCAGCGGCCUUCAACAUUCAAUAUGAGGCCACUGCAAAGCUUCCCACAGACUGGCAGUACGGCAUUCGAAUGCAUUCGGUCAGCUUGGAAUCUGGGUUGGGGAGCGCCGAAGAUGUGCCCGGUCUGAAUGCUGCAGUGGAGCAGAAUGAGAAAGCACGUGCGACCACGAGUUGGCCCAUGUUGACAAAGCUACACGCCUACUGUAAAGCUGCCUGGGGCUGUUCGAGCGACAAGCUGUCUGGCUGCAACAAGAAGGCAGAGACGAGCAUCGAGCCUCGACUUUCUAACUUCCUGCUGGGCUUCCCAGUGACCUCGUCGCGAAGGGCUGAAGUCUCCGGACACUGUUUGAGCGUGGUGGUUUUCGGCAAUCCGGCACUCUAUCCAAUCAGCCAGUACAUCUUGCACAAAGGAAUGUCGGUGUCCACCACGCUUCGCCGCUAUCAUGACCUUGAAAGGAAGGGGUCGGAAGAACCGGUUGAGCAGUUCUUCCCGACGGUUGCACACUGUUCCGUCGAGGGUUCCGAGAAUGAUGGCUACAAGAUGUCCACAGAUAUAUUGCUGGAGGGGUGCGCUUUGGAAGGGACCUUCUCUGGCAAGCUGGCAUUCGCCGCGUUUCGUGCAGACUUUACCCGUCCGCGUGCUGGAUGGCAGCUUAGCCAGGUGGCCCCGGAAGCCGAGCGUAUCAGGAAGCGGCCACUGGAAGCGGUGAUGAGAUCGGUAGAGGAAGCCAGCCGAGAAGACUGGGCUGUUCCAGUACGAUUUCCACAACAGGAGCCUGGUGUCUACAGCAGACUCGCCACCGAAGCGGGGAUGGACAAGCCGAAGGAGCUUGAAACCAGAGACGAUGCCCAACCACCGACGAAGGCAGCACCACGCCGUGGAAUGCUCGGGGCAUGGCUGGCACCGUGGACAAGCAUGUUCCAGCAGGAUGAUGAGGAGGAUGCGGCAUGCGAAGUCUGCACCGAGGCAGAGGCGACACCAAACGCCAAAGUGAUCUUCGACCAAGCUCCGAGCAGCUUUGCCUCGCUGAUGCCUUACGUCGUGAUACUCCAUGGGGCUGAGGCUGCGGGCAUUUGCGCGAAGAUCAUCAAUUCUCAGGAUCCAGACACGGAUCUCGGAGCCUUGUCCCUGUCCGCCCAGAGCGGUGCUGCCGACUGCGUGGCAGUGCUGCUGGCAGCACGUGCUGACGUGAACGCUGACUCAGAGGAUGCGGGCGGCCGCACAGCGUUGCAUUUCGCAGCCUACGAUGGGCACGUGGAGGCGGUCCGACUUCUUGUCGCAGCCCGAGCAAAUACAAAUGCGCGCUGCUCAACGGGAGAAACCGCGGAGCAAAUCGCAGAGCAGAGGGCCAAAGAGUGGAGAAUCGGCGGUGGAGAUGGCGAGGAGGAUGUGGCAGCUUUGAACGAGGUUCUCGAGAUCCUUCGCGCGUGA